CAGGGGCCUGAGCGGAGCCGGAGCCGAGCCCCGGGUCGGGCCCGGGGAGCCGGAGCCGGGGCCGGGCGAAGAGCAGCCAUGGCGCCGCGCAGGGCCGGGGCCCGUGCCGUUGCGGGCGGCCUGGGCGCCGAGUAACCGGGCCGGGCCGGAGCGCGGGCGGCGGCGGCGGCGAAGGCAGCUGCGCCCGCGCCCCCCGCCCUCCCAGGCCCCGCGCCCCGCGCCGCCGGCGAUGGUGACACAUGCGGCGGCGGCGCGCCGGCGGCAGGACCAUGGUUGAGCGCGCCAGCAAGUUCGUGCUGGUGGUGGCGGGCUCAGCGUGCUUCAUGCUCAUCCUGUACCAGUACGCGGGCCCGGGGUUGAGCCUGGGCGCGCCUGGCGGCCGCGCGCCGCCUGACGACCUGGACCUCUUCCCCACACCCGAUCCGCACUACGAAAAGAAGUACUACUUCCCGGUGCGCGAGCUGGAGCGCUCGCUGCGGUUCGACAUGAAGGGCGACGAUGUGAUUGUCUUCCUGCACAUCCAGAAGACUGGUGGCACCACCUUCGGCCGCCACCUCGUGCAGAACGUGCGCCUCGAGGUGCCCUGCGACUGCCGGCCCGGCCAGAAGAAGUGCACCUGCUACCGACCCAACCGCCGCGAGACCUGGCUCUUCUCCCGCUUCUCUACGGGUUGGAGCUGCGGGCUGCACGCCGACUGGACCGAGCUCACCAACUGCGUGCCGGGCGUGCUGGACCGUCGCGACCCCGCCGCGUUGCGCACACCCAGGAAGUUCUACUACAUCACCCUGCUGAGAGACCCCGUGUCCCGCUACCUGAGCGAGUGGCGGCACGUGCAGCGGGGGGCCACAUGGAAGACGUCGCUGCACAUGUGUGAUGGGCGCACACCCACGCCUGAGGAGCUGCCACCCUGCUACGAGGGCACAGACUGGUCGGGCUGCACGCUGCAGGAGUUCAUGGACUGCCCUUACAACCUGGCCAACAACCGCCAGGUGCGCAUGCUGGCCGACUUGAGCCUGGUGGGCUGCUACAACCUGUCCUUCAUCCCUGAGGGUAAGCGGGCCCAGCUGCUGCUGGAAAGCGCCAAGAAGAACCUGCGGGGCAUGGCCUUCUUCGGCCUGACGGAGUUCCAGCGCAAGACGCAGUACCUGUUCGAGCGGACGUUCAACCUCAAGUUCAUCCGGCCCUUCAUGCAGUACAACAGCACGCGGGCGGGUGGCGUGGAGGUGGACGAGGACACCAUCCGGCGCAUCGAGGAGCUGAACGAUCUGGACAUGCAGCUCUACGACUACGCCAAGGACCUCUUCCAGCAGCGCUAUCAGUACAAGCGGCAGCUGGAGCGCAGGGAGCAGCGCCUCAAGAGUCGGGAGGAGCGUCUGCUGCACCGCGCCAAGGAGGCGCUGCCGCGGGAGGACACCGAGGAGCCCGGCCGCGUGCCCACUGAGGACUACAUGAGCCACAUCAUCGAGAAGUGGUAGUGGUGGCCAGCCAUGGGGGGGUGGCCCCUUGGGGGC